GUGACCCCAUUGAAGACGAUUGAAACACCCUAACGCCUUCUUCUCGGCAGCACUGGCAGCUUCAAAAAAAAGCUUUAAUUUAAAACAACAUUUAAGUAGUCCCACAAUAAAUGCUAACAACAUGCUCUCCAACCUGGUGGUCACCAAGCAGAAAGUGGUCCUCAUAAUAGAUGAGCUAAAUCGGGAGCGCAUUGCCCCCAAGUUCAUCGGCAGCCUGCUGCACGAGCAGGGACAGGGGGCGGAUACCAUCAAGGCCCUCCCCACCGGCGUCAGCCUGAAGCACGUGGGCACCUUCGAGGCACUGAUCGACAAGUACGCCAACAACAACACUGGGAGUACUACGGAUCCCAACUUCACUGGCUUUAACGUGAUCCUGCCCACAUUGGCCGACCUGCUGUGCUAUCAGACGCCCGCUUUCAUAUUUGGCUUCCUCAACCGCCUACGACGCUCGGAAAAUGUGCGUAGGGUGUUCCUUUGGGCCUCCCCGCAGCACCUGCAGGAUCCGCAUGCCGACUACAUCCUGGCUGGCUGCGAGUACCUGGCCGAGCUGGUCCUCCGACUGGAAUCGGACAAACUACUCUCGCUGAUAUCACGCAAGCCGGGCGGAGGGGUGACCAACAGGCGCUACUCCUGUGAAGUCAGCAAAACCCAAUUUAAAGUGACGCCGCUCGACGGAGGACUUCCUGCAGGUGCCUCCCCCAAGCAGCCCUCGCCCGAGGCGGAGCAGAUCCCAGAGCCGGCCAGCAGCACCUUUAAAAUCGAGCUUGACGAGGAUGAAGUGCUAGCCCGCAAUGCACUCACCCUGCCAUACGAACGCACAUCCGAGCCGCCUGAGGGAAACAUUAUAUACACGCCCGAUGCCGACGACGAUUUCGACGAGGAGGAUCCGGACGAGGAUCUGUGCAUCUAGGCUGCCCGCCAGCAGCGAACGGCAGUACAAAUAGCCUUGGCUUUAAGUCUCCUUAAGUCUAACCUACUAAAACCAUAAAAUACCUGGAAUUCCGGCCCCAAAGUUCCGCCUAGGGGUGUGUUCAACCUCGCCAGAGGAGCAGAAUGAAUCUUUGAACGACCACUUAGUACACGUAGAAUUGCUCAUUUAUUUUGGAUAACUUGAUAUGUGAAUCAAAACAUCGAAGAAACUUGUGAAUACAUACAACUGAUUCAAUUGC